AUCAUUCCCUCUUUUUCCUUCAUCAUUCACAAGGAAACUAGCAUUUUCUUCGCCGGAAAUAUUUCAGCUUUCAUCGGGAAACUCACCGUCGCCGUAGAUCAUAUCAUCAAAUUUGAAGAAAUGGAAAUGGCUGGAACAGAGCUAAGAUUAGGUCUACCUGGAACAGAGCCAUCAUCUUCUACUUCUACUAGUAAAAUUAGCAACAAAAGACCUUCAUCACACAUUAAUGAUGAACCACCACCAAAAGCACAAGUUAUUGGAUGGCCACCUGUUAGAUCAUAUCGAAAGAACAUUUUAGAAGCGAGCUACGUUAAAGUGAGCAUGGAUGGAGCCGCUUAUUUAAGGAAAAUUGAUCUUAAUAUUUACAAAAGUUAUCCACAAUUACUCAAGGCUUUAGAGAACAUGUUCAAGUGCUCUAUUGAAACAGAAGGAUACAAUGGAUGUAAUUAUGUACCAACUUAUGAAGACAAAGAUGGUGAUUGGAUGCUUGCUGGUGAUGUACCUUGGGAUAUGUUCAUUAAUUCCUGCAAAAGGCUAAGAAUUAUGAAAGGAUCUGAAGCUAAAGGCUUAGCAAGCCUAUAGAUCUGAUAGAUUCAGAAUUCAGAUAUCAUUCGUGUGACUGAUCUCGAGUUUUGAAAUGUAUAUCUAACUCUACAUAUUGGAUUUAUCCAUAUCGAAAAUCCUAACCGAAGCUUUAGGUUCUUCAGUUUUUGUAUAACAGUUUUUUGAGUGUAUAGAGAAAGUAAAGGUUGAUCAA